UCACUCAUGUGGUUAGAGCUGGUAGGCUACAGCCAAGCUCCACACGCACUGAGAGGGGAAAAGAGAGAGAAGGAGUGUGAGUUUAAAGGAGAAGAGAAAGAGGAAACAGUGUCAGUUGGAGAGGAAGCCUCACUCACAACUCCAGGCUCACAGCGAAGAGGGAACUGCAAGACCGGGGACACAGCAACCUAGCCUGGGAGCAGGAGGACUGACCAGCCUACUGAACCACACAGGCACCUAUAACAGAAAAUAUAACCAAGCCCUUUGGGUACAGAAGACCAGGGACAACAGCCACUCUGAGCCAGUGGACCCACAACAACAUUCUACCACCCUGAUCCAGACACUGAGGAACGAGAGACCCAGAGAUCCAGAGGAACCCCCAACAGCACUCUCACGCUGCCUUCCAGAGUAGAGUAUGUCCUGCCAGCCCAGCCAACCCUGCCGCUGAGCCGCUGGGGCACCAUGAUAUCCCACUACCCCCUGGCCACACUGUUGCCCUGGCCCCACGGCCCCCACGGACACUGUUCCGACAUGGAGGCCUCUCUGCUGGAUGGGAAGGGAGGGGUGGCCCUGCAGAGGUACCAGGCUCGAUCACCAGAGAGCAGCCCCCGACACUGGAGCUCAGUGCAGGACUGGGGGGAGGAAGUGGAGGAGGGAGCAAUAUACAACGUGACACUGAAGAGGGUCCAGAUCCAGCAGGCUGCCAACAAGGGAGCAAGAUGGUUGGGGGCGGAGGGGGACCGGCUGCCCCCUGGCCACACAGUGAGCCAGCUGGAAACCUGUAAGAUCCGGAGUAUCCGGGCGGGAACGCUGGAGCGGCUGGUGGAGACCCUGCUGACGGCGUUCGGGGACAAUGACCUCACCUACACCAGCAUCUUCCUGUCCACGUACCGCGCCUUCGCCAGCACACACACCGUGCUUAAGCUGCUGUUAGAUAAAUAUGGAAUUGCAGAGGAUAGUGAAGGACAGAUGGAACGAUGUAGACCCUCUGAAACCAAAGGAGCCGUUCGAACUGCCCUGGCCUCCAUCCUGCGAGUCUGGCUGGACCAGUGUCCAGAGGACUUCCAGGAGCCUCCAUCUUACCCCUGCCUCCACAGGGUCAUGGCGUAUUUACAGAGGGCCCUGCCUGGAUCGGAGCCCAUUCGUAGAGCCCAGAGUCUACUGGAGCAGCUGCAAGCCGAGGCCAGUCUGGAUCCAGACUCCGAGGGUUUCUCUGGCGGUUUCCAUGGCAACAGCUCCUUCUGCUUGGGUGAGGAUGAGGAAGUGGAGAUUGAGGUCCAGGAAGACUUCCUGUCAUUUGAUGCAGAUUUGGUUGCUGAGCAGCUAACCUAUAUGGAUGCGUUGUUGUUCAAGAAGGUUGUUCCUCAUCACUGCCUGGGCUCCAUCUGGUCCCAGAGGGAUAAGAAGCAGAACAAGCACAGUGCUUCCACCAUCCGUGCCACCAUCACCCAGUUCAAUGCUGUGGCAGCAUGUGUGGUCAGUACCAUACUGCACCGACGCCAGAUCCGCCCACACCUCAGGGCACGGGUCAUCCAGCGCUGGAUAGACGUCGCUCAGGAGUGUCGCAUGCGUAAGAACUUCUCCUCGUUGCACGCCAUCGUAUCUGCACUGCAGUCCAACCCACUCUACAGACUGAAGAGGGCCUGGUCCUGCGUGCACAAAGACAGCAUGUCUACGUUCGAGGAACUAUCAGACAUCUUCUCAGAUCACAACAACUACCUGACCAGCCGAGAGCUGCUGAUGAGGGAGGGCACCUCUAAGUUUGCCAAUCUGGAAGGCUGUGCUAAGGAUCACCAGAAACGCACUCACAAACGACUCCAGCUGCAGAAGGAAAUGGGUGCCAUGCAGGGGACGAUACCUUACCUGGGCACAUUCCUGACAGACCUGACCAUGCUAGAUACUGCUCUGCCAGACCUAGUAGAGGGUGGGCUCAUCAACUUUGAGAAGAGGCGAAGGGAGUUUGAGGUGAUAGCUCAGAUCAAGCUGCUGCAGUCUGCAUGUAACAGCUACUGUCUGAGUGCUGACGCUGCCUUCCUGCGCUGGUUCAAGAGCCAGCCCCAGCACAGUGAGGAGGAGAGCUAUGCCAUGUCUUGUGACAUUGAAGGAGUGGGAGACAGCAGUCCUACUUCACCCAAACCUCGCAAGAGCAUGGUCAAGAGACUUAGCCUACUGUUUCUGGGAGUAGACUCCUCGGCAGUGAGUUCCCCGGUGAGGGAAACACCUCAGUCGCCCCCUACUGGCAGCUCUGGGGAGAGCAUGGACUCAGUAAGCGUGUCGUCCAGUGAUUCCAGCCCUUCAGAAAGCGAGGGCCUGGCCAUGACACCUAUACACACCUCCGACACUCAGCAGAACAAGUUGUCCGAGUCUUCCUCCUGUACUUCUCUCCACUCCAUGGACACCACCUCGUCCUCAGCCAGUGUUCCAGUGACCCCGGCCUCUCCCUCUCUCCCCGGGCCACCCUGCAUGCACCGUCGCUCUGUCUCCCUGACACCCAUGUCCCCCUCCUCCCCCCUGCCCCCGGCCUACAACACCCAGGCCCAGGACGCCUGUAUCAUCAGAGUCAGCCUGGAGCAGGGCAACGGCAACCUCUACAAGAGCAUCCUGUUGACGAGUCAGGAUAAGACUCCAGCAGUGGUCUCUAGAGCUGUGGCCAAACACAACCUGGAGAGUGAGCCUGGGGAGGGAUACGAGCUGGUGCAGGUCAUCUCUGACGAGAGAGAGCUGGUGAUUCCAGACAACGCCAACGUCUUUUACGCCAUGAACACCUCAGCCAACUUUGACUUCCUGCUGCGUGUGCGAGGCACUGCGGGGAGGCCGGUCCAGCUGAGAAGUCGCUGCGCCUCCACACUCCCCCGCGCCCAGCAGCGCUCCAGCCUGUCUCUGCGCCUCAGCAAGGUCACACUGUGACUCCCAGGACAAGGGCAUGAGGCCUGGAGGGACCCCAGACUGGAGGGGGUGGGAGACUGAGAAGGACCAGGCAUGGGGGAAUGAGUUGAAGUCAAUGAGAUGAUAGACUCUGAAUACCCUAUUCCCAAAUCCCCUGUCCCCAAUCGGACCCCCACCUCUCAGUAUUCACACACAUCCCCCAACUCCAGUAGCAGCCUGUGGCCUUCCAAUCCCUGUCACCCCCCAACCCCUAUGGACUAUUAUGGAUGUGUAGUGGGACUGCAGUGCCAUAUAGAAUAUAGAUGCCUUUGGCAGAGCGAGACAGUGCCCC